GCUCAAGGGAGGUUCCCCCCCCUCCCGCAUCGCCUGGUGGGCGCGUGCAGCGCUCAACGGGUGUGUUCCGCGGGGCACGGGCGCGGCCCGCGGAGUUCCGUGCCCAUGUAGCGUGCUACAGGACUGGGAGCAGGAGCAGCCGGGGAGCGAGAGGGCAGAGCGCCGCCGCAGGGCGCGCGCCUCGCGCUGCCGGGCAUGGCGGCGCAGGCCAAGGCAGAGGACCCACCAGCAGGAGAGAUCAUCGACAGGCAAGUGGCGACGCUGUACGCGAUCUUUGCCGCACGCCAGAAGCAUGGACAGCAUGGCUUGCUCGCGGACCCCGCCGACGAGGAGGGCGAGCCUGCUCCGGCAAAUGCUUCAGGCGUCUCGCUGCAGACCUUCGUCUGGCUGCUGGCCAGCUCGCGGCUCUUGAGCCAGGACUUCGACCACGGGCAUGCGCUGCAGGUCUUCGCGGAGCUCGCGGGGCCGGAGGGGCUCCUCUCCGAGGGCGGCUUCAAGGCCGCACUCCGCAUGGUCGCGGGCACCCUGGACCCGGUGCGCAGGCAGAGCAUCGCGGAGAAGCCAG